AUGAACUCGACCGUGAGUAGAACAACCGCGGAGGUCAGUGUGAUCGCAGAAGCUACCUUGGAAGACAUCGUUAUGGAACAAACUCCAGGUGUGCAAAAUUUCUCCGCGUCAGCAUCGGUGCCAACGGGUGUUGCGGGACAUUCAUUCACCGGAACCACUGAAGUAACCACACCAGAGAUCCAAUCUACUGAAGCGAUCUUUCGGCUAAUCCCAGAAACCUCGGAUGACGCAUCGGACACUCAUGAAGCAGAACCUGUUCGGACGACAAGCCCCACCACCACCACCACCACCUCCACAAUAACGGCGUCAUCAAAGGAAGCCGUAACAACCAGUGACAGUACGGUGCAUGCAUCAAUUGAAAGUAGCUAUUCCGCUAGCCCUGUGGUGCAAAUUAAAACAACGAAUAAACCAAUGGAAAUUAUCACGACGCCAAGAACGCGAUUUGCUGCAUCCACGACCACAACACCUACGAUUUUCCGCCUACUUGGAAACAUUGAACUUGUUGGGCCAUGGAACUCCUCAGUAGCCAAUCAGCCUGCGAAUAGCCAGUCCAAUUGGAUGGCAAUUUCGAAUGAACAGUCCUGCCAACUGGCGUUCUUCCUGGCCUGCUUCGUUGGAACCCUGGUAGCCAUCUGCCUGUUGACCGGAUGGAUUCUCACGGCCGUCUGCAUGAAGUCGCAGUACAGAAAGAAGAUCCGUCAACUUCAGCGAGGACGUCUGAAGGACCAGAUACCGGAGAGGCUGCCCUUGUCGCCGCGAGUGGUCAGCAUGGGGGAUGUGGAGGGCUACGGUGACGACACCAGACCCACAGCUAUUGAUCGAGUGCCGAACCUCACAAUUGUGAAGUUGGACCCCGUGAUCCAGAUCUUCGAUCCCAUGUACCGACCCGUGAAAUCGGAGUACAACUUCCCACAGACGACGGUGACGACGUUCGGUGGCCCAGACAGAAACCACCACUCUGCCCACAGCAGCCUCCAAAGCCCCCUGCUCCAGCGAAACGCGGCGGACACUUUCAAGCCGGUUGUCGUGUCGGAGACUGGCAGGCCAUCGGAACAGCACGGACGCAGUCGAUCCGUUGUAUCUACAUUUGCUCCUCAGACAAUGCCCCCUCCAGAUCACACCUCGCCCGACACUGAGUCUAACCAGGAACACUUAAUUGGUGAGGUAACUCAAGAAUUGUAG